CUUGGACUUAACUGAGACAACGGAAACAAUGUUGGAUAGAGGGAAUCGACCUGCCUAGGCGAGUCACAAAGAAGUUCGCAUACCAGAGGGACAAAAUCAUCAGACAGUCAGAAAACUUUCCUUCGGAAUAUGCACUUAUUAUUUUGAGAAAGGCUGGACCUUGGUUUUUUUGGUCUUGUUCCCAAGUUCUUUCUUAACAUCUUAACUAAGAUAGGGCUGAUCUGUGAUACCCACCAGGUACUCCCAGAGCUCGUGCAUAUUUCUUCUUGAUCGUAUUUUCAUCUGAACAUUAUCGUCAGUCGGAAAAAUAGGCAAUGUGCAGCUGCCGUGUCACUCUGUUAUCAAUGGUUCAACUGCCCUGCAUGAAGGUGGCCUCGUUUUUCGCAUAGGUUGGCAGUAUUUAGAUUUAGGUAGCAAGUCAAACAUUGGAGGGUGGUCCAUUUCUACCCUGUGGUCUAGAUGCUAAAGUCAACGUUGCUGGGGAUCGCAAACGUGCAUUGGCCAUCCUGCAAACUUGGAGCUGGGUGUGAGGCUGUGGGUGCAUUUCCCCAUCUCACUUUAAUUGGAGCCCUGUUCUGGUUGCAAUGUUGCAUGAUCAUGAAGAUCCUGGGAGCAUAUAACAAACAAGACUAUGAUGAGAGACGGGGAUAUAGCAUGAAGAUAAGGAUUCCUCCAUCAAGUGAACGCACUUUUUCGCUUAUGCGAUGACAAUCUGCAUUUGACAUUCAGAUAUGCCCAUCUGACUGAAUCCGAGUUCUCCA